AAGAAGAAAAAGAGUCGUCUCCAUCACCUUUCCUCUUCACAGUCGUCUAUCUGUCUCUGCUAGAGGUGAGACUGACAGCUUAAUUGGUUCCCUAAGGCGCUGUUUUCUUCUUCUUCUUCUUCUUUUCUUUUAAAUCCAGCUUUCCGUGCCGCCUGCUACACCUGCCUGCCAAGCUGCAGCGCUGAUGGGCGCGGCUGGGACCCGUGCCCACAUCUCUGUUUUGACUUGCCUGGGAAAGUUGAGCGAAAAGGCACAAAAGGACGGAGGAGGAGGAGGAGGACUUUAAGAACAUCCCACCCAAGCGCGUCAACUUCAUACCAGCACAUUAUUCCUUCCGUGGAUCAGUGAGAGGCAUCUCGACAGGGGGGAUUUCAUCGAUUAUUGUUCGAGCUGGCUCAAGCAGAUAAGAUGAGAUGGAGGAGUUAAUAGGACUGAUGGAGUACUCGACAGACCUGUCUGAAGAACGGGUUGUGACAGAAACGCACACCACCACCCGGCUGACUUCUCUACCUCCAAAGGGAACCAGCGGAUCAAGUCACAGGAAUAUGACCAGCGGUGCUGGAGGGCUGGGCUUGGAGAAGAAUGUCUUAACCCAGAACAGCAGUGGAACGUAUUUCUCCUCAUCCUCAGCUGGUGUGAACACCAGCAACCACAGCUUCUCCUCAGGGGUUUUUAUGGGAGGAGGCUCCUCUGGUGAGGGCGAUGGAGGGGGGACCUACAUAGAAGGAGAGUUGUUUGGAGGAGGAAUAGGAGGUGGAGGAGGAGGAGGUGGAGGGGGGAGCAGAAGCAGCAGCAGUUACAUGGUGAGCUCCGUGUCAAAGGUGAGAUCCAGCUCGUCAGGCGGUGCCAGGCGUGCUCAGACUGCUGGCUCAUCAGGAGGCCUGUCGCCAGUUUUCCGAGAGAGGAAGACCACAUCGAGCCGCUCAGUGGGUUAUGACGGAAGUUCGAGUGCUAAUUCCUCUCCAGAGUUUACACGCAAAGAUUAUGGGAACUAUUGCUCUGGCGGCACAAGAGGGAGGAGCGAGAGCAGAGAGAGCGAGAUCAGAGCCAGAUUACAAAGCGCCUCUCCCACAGCCUGCAGAUGGACAGAGCUGGAUGACGUGAAGAAGCUACUUAAGGGACGUUCAAACAGCGUCAGCCCCACUCGUUCCUCCAGUGCCUCCAUCACCCUGCCCGUCCCUAAAAAGGCCACUGUGGAAACCAAGACCAUCUCAGUGGCCACUCAGUCAGGUUCCCCUAAUCUGAGCUCAGGAGUGAGAUCAGCUGGUUUCCAGACCAUUGAUACAUCAACCCUGUAUGAUACCACUCUGACAAAUGGGCUUUUUGAUACUGGUUUAAAAUCAAGCUCUUAUGAUGUCACUGUUAAAUCAGGCCAGUAUGAUACUGGCUUAAAAUCAAGCUCAUAUGAUGUCACAGUAAAAUCAGGCCAAUAUGAUACUGGUCUGAAAACCGGCCAUUAUGACACCAGUUUGAAAUCUGGGCAGUACGACACCAGUGUGAGAACAGGCCAAUAUGACACACUGGACACCAUACUUCCAUCUUUCUCUUGGUCGACAUCAACACUUCCUGCCGCCUCCACAACAGCGGUCAAUGGCAGCAACAGCAGUUACUCAUAUCAGAUCAAUACUAACAACAUGGGCGGACCAUCGUCACCAGUCGGCCUCACUUCACCCUCAUCACUGUCUGUUUAUGGCUUUCAGAAUAAUCUGGCGCCAACCUCGGGAAGUGUGCUCACCACCAGUGGAGCCAAUGUCAAUGCCAACCUUGGAGGUUACGGCGUUCAGAAGAACGUAUCAAAUACUGGCGGUGUUGUCAGCACUGGAGUCUCUACAACCACUAGAUCUCAAACUGAUGACUCGUAUAAGAAAGACUACAAGUUCCUCAUCUCUGACAAGGAGAACGUUCCAGCUAAAAGAGACACAGAAAUGCUCAUUUUGGCUAAAGACAGUGGGAAGCAGUUCACCAGCAGCAGCAGUGUUCACUUGGGAGGAGGGUCGCUAUCAGGAGAUUCAAUAAAGAAAGAGAAACUUAUUUCAAGCUACACUGAGUCCAUGCCCCUAAAGGCAGAGACAGGAAACUCUUACUAUGGAUCAUCAGGAGUUGUGAUGAAAGACAAAGCCACCUAUGCAGAGAUCCAUCGGGACAGUGGUGUGUUCGGAGGUGGAGGAUUUUGCUGCUGCUCCGACUCCUGUUGCUCCUGGUGGAAGUGGCUGCUGGGUCUUCUCCUUCUCUCCCUGCUCCUUCUGGGACUUCUGUUUGGACUUAUUGCUCUGGCUGAGGAUGUGAGGAAACUGAAGAAUCGGGUGGCGACGCUGGAGGCUGAAUCCUCUGUCACUGCUGCCCGCACCAGUCGUCUGUCAGGUUCAGAUAAUGACAUCUAUGUGGCUGGUGGACGUGGAACCAGUACUGACGUACACCUGGGCACUGGAGGUGCAAACGGAGGCAGCAGAACAAGGGUCACAGUUGCUGGUGAUGGCGGCACUGGUGGUGGAAAUGACAUUGAUGUCAGCGUUUUAGCUGGUGCUGCUGGUGGAACCAGAGUGUCUGCAGGGGCUGCAGCUGGAGGAUCUGGAGGAACAAGCGGAUCCGGCACAGCAAGCACUAGAGGAACUGGCACCAUCUCUAGCGGCACCGCAGCUGGCACGGGUACUAGUUACAGUGGAAGCACUGGUGUCGGUGUCAGUGGAGGACAUGUGGACUCUGAUGCUCUUAGGCUGAUGAUCCAGAACAUGCUGAGAAAUGAGAUGCAGUCACAGACAUUCAGAGCUCUUUUAGCAUCCUCUUUUGGAGACUCAUACCGAGGCAUGCCUGGACCUAAAGGUGACAUGGGACCCAGAGGAGAUCCUGGUAUCCCUGGACUUAUGGGUGCUCCGGGUGCUCCGGGACAUGCUGGCCCUGAGGGUCCCAAAGGACAAAAAGGAAACCAAGGUGAUCACGGCGUGGAUGGGGCUCCUGGAAUCAGGGGUCGUGAGGGUCCGGCUGGUCCGAGGGGUGAGCCUGGACCUGCGGGAGUUGGACCUAAAGGUGACAGAGGUAAUCCUGGAGAACCUGGAAUUCCUGGACCUGUGGGUCUGGCUGGACUUAAAGGUGAAGCUGGAUCUCGUGGGCCUACUGGACCAGCAGGCUCGCCAGGUGCUCAAGGUUUCCGUGGUGAGGCAGGGUUACCUGGGCUUAAAGGUGAAAGAGGUCUCCCAGGGUUUCAGGGACAGAAAGGUGAAACUGGAGAAAGAGGUCUCAGAGGUCUGCAAGGUGAGGCUGGUUUACCUGGACCACAAGGGCCAUCUGGAGAGAGAGGACCCAAAGGAUCAAUGGGAUUGGCUGGACACGACGGUAUCAGAGGAACUAAAGGUGAUCAGGGAUCUUCUGGGCCACCUGGACUCAGAGGUCCGGCUGGGCCUCCUGGAGAUAAUGGACUUCCAGGACAACCCGGGCUUCAAGGACCUCCAGGAAUACCAGGGAAUCCAGGACGGCCUGGUGCUAAAGGUGAAACAGGUGAAGCAGGGAGAAUCAUCAAUGCAGCUGGCUCCGCUUCUGUUGGUAUCCCAGGACCACCCGGGCCUGCUGGUCCUCCUGGCCCUGCAGGACCUCCAGGAUUAUCAGGUCCCAUUGGCCCUGCUGGUUUGCCUGGCCCAGCUGGUCCUAAAGGCGACAGAGGAUACAAGGGAGACCAGGGAGAAGCAGGAAUUACAGUUAGAACGUCUGAGACUGUACGAUCAAGCAGCACUGGCAGUCAGUUUAGCUCUGGUGGAAUAACAGGACCACCUGGUCCACCCGGCCCACCAGGUCCUCCUGGACGUCCAGGGGACUCAAGACAGGGACCUCCAGGACCACCAGGUCCUCCAGGUUAUGGAAGACCAGGACCUAAAGGGGAUAAAGGAGACAGAGGAGACACAGGCUUUGCAUCCAGCUCUGGAACAUACUACCCUGGUCCACCAGGACCACCUGGACCUGCUGGACCUAAAGGAUCAACAGGAGCUCCAGGACCAAGAGGAUACCAAGGUGAACCAGGCCAGCCAGGUGUGCCAGGUGCCCCAGGAAGACCAGGAAGCUCAGACAGAGGUUCUUAUUCUGGAGGCAUUUCAAUCCCUGGACCACCAGGUCCUCCAGGGCCUCCUGGACUCCCAGGACCACAGGGUUACAAAGGGGAUCCUGGAUCUCCUGGAAUUCCAGGCUCUUCAAGAGUGUCCUCAGGUCCUCCUGGUCCUCCAGGUCCUCCUGGCCCUCAGGGUCCUCCGGGCUCCUUCUCUUCGUCUAGUGAGAUGCGCACGUACAUCACCGACUAUCUGAGCAGAAGCAGACAAGCUGGUCUCCAAGGACCUCCAGGCCCACCUGGUCCUCCAGGACUCCCAGGAUCCUCCUUCUCAGGAUCACUGGAGGACAUCUCUGCUCGGGUCAUUGCGUACAUCCAACGUUCAGGAUCAGGCCUUGGCAUCAGUGUACAAGGACCUCCUGGUCCACCUGGUCCUCCUGGACCAAGCUCUGGAUCCUUCACAGUCAGUGGUCUCAUUGCCAUGCUGCAGAGAGAUGACGUGAGGAGAUAUUUGACUGGACCACCUGGACCACAAGGACCACCUGGGCCUCCAGGACGUUCGGGAGGAAUUUCAGCCACUUACAAUGUGGAGGAGGUUGCCAGAUAUGUGUUCAAUAUCAUGAAUGAGCGGGGUAUUGCUCAGGGUCCACCUGGGCCUCCUGGUCCACCUGGUCCUUCAGGAGCUGUUGUUGGAAGUGGAACUGGUUACACUACUGCUACUAUUGAUUAUACUGAACUGGCUAGAAACUCUGACUUCCGCUCGUGGAUAUCAUCUGUCACACAACAUGGUCCUCCUGGUCCCCCCGGUACCCCCGGUACCCCAGGACAGCCAGGUCCUCCUGGCCCUCAGGGACCACCAGGACUCUCCACAGCCACGGUGUAUGGAGUAGGAGGACAAGGUCACAGCUUAGAGGAUAUUCAGCGUUACCUGCAAGGUUCUGGGUUUAGAGGUCUUCCUGGCCCUCCUGGCCCUCAGGGUCCUCCAGGACCACCGGGCAGUUACUCCGGAUCAAUCUCCUACAAUGGAAACUUCCAACGAGAGAGCAUCCGCGCUGAGGUUCAGGAUUACCUGACCAGUGAUAAUGUUCGCCGUGCCAUCAUCGGACCUCCAGGGCCUCCAGGACCGAGGGGACAGAAAGGAGACCGUGGAGAGCCGGGUUUCAUUCAGGGCUACACGCAGAGCCAUAGCUACUCUCAGGGCGACUCCCACUCCAGCUCCAGCUCCAGCUCCAGACGUUCAGACAUUGAUGUCAGCAGGCUGGCCGAGAUGAUGGACUACUCUAAAGUGGCUAUGAAAGUCACAGAUUACAUCAAGAAUGAAGGCCUGCUGCAGGAAUAUGUGGGCGAUGGUUCAUGGAGGGCUAAUGUCAGAGCAAUUCAAGGCCCAGCUGGUCCACCUGGUCCUCCUGGACCACCUGGAGUGAGCCGUGUCAUGGGAGCUUACGGCAACGUCACCGCCGACCUGAUGGACUUCUUCAGAAGAUAUGGCACCAUCCCAGGACCUCGAGGAGGCCCUGGACCAAAGGGAGACAGAGGGUACCCAGGACCCAGAGGAGAAAAGGGUGACCGUGGACAGCCAGGUUUACCAGGACUACCUGGGUCAUACACUGUCCAGAUUCCACACAGAGUACAGAAGAGGGAUGCAGAGGACAAAGUGGUCGGUGGUCACAAGCGUCGCCGUCGAUCUGCUGGCAUCUAAAGCAGUAACUACUGGAUCACAUCAAGUUAAAUUUUUCUCAUCUUUGUUGUAGGUGUUCAACUGUAGCUGUGCAAAUAGUCGACAUGCUCCGUGUUUUUUUCAUGUGUAGAAAAUUCAGGAUGACUUUUAGGAAAUAAAGUGCUUCAGCAAUGCAUCGGUCUCUUGAGAAAUCAAGACUUUCAGGCAGUAGAGGUUUGGAUUCAGCUGCUGGUCAGUGUUUUUGUGACACAGACUUCAUGUUUAUUUGACACGUGGGUGUAUAUUGUUUACUUUGCUGAGUAAGAAGCUUGCAUUCAAAGGUUUUUUUUUUUUUUUAAUUUCCAGGGGCAACUUUGUUGAAGAGAAAAUCUUUUUUAUUAAUAAGAAGCUGAAUCUUUAUUUGCACUUUGCAUCAUUUCCCACUGCUUGUGUAACUUGACUGUGGUGUACUGUUUGUUUUUGUAUUCAUUGUUUCUUGAGGAUUAUUUUGUACUGAGUACUAUAUGAGUGUAAUAUGCUGUUUUAAGGUAACUGUUCUUCAGAUGUUUUAUAAAAAGACGACAAUAAUCUCAUCAUACCAGCAAACCUCCGGCCUCAAAGACCCCUGGCAGUUAUCCAUUAACCCAACAUAUAGAACGAAAACUAACACUUUUAAAUACGCAAAGUAAUGCAUCUAUAUCUUUGAUCUGAAGCUACCAGUCAGAGUGAAAGUCUAACGGCAGAUUUAUGGUUGAAAAAUUAUAAAACAUGUCACUGACAUGAUUAUGAAAGACGAAGACUCAGACAAUCACUAACGAAUGACUGAUGGGGUUGUAUAUUUUUGUACAAGAGCGCACUGAAAUGGACAUAUUCUCUUUUUACCUUUAAAUGUUGGAAAGAUUAAAUUAUAAAAUGUUCCCAGGUGUUGUUUUACAUGAUUCAACUUAUUGACAUUUGAUCAAUAGAUUUGAAAGACACACAAAUAAAUCUAUUUUUGGACUUGUGA